AUGGAUGAACUCACACGACAUAUCCAGGGUGAGGUAUCUUGGUGCAUGUUGUUUGCGGAAGAUAUAGUUCUCGUGAAUGACACAAUAUCGAGAGUUAACUCAAAACUCGAAAUAUGGAGGCAAGCAUUAGAGUGUAAAAGAUUUAAACUAAGUAGGACUAAAAUAAAAUAUAUGAAAUGUACGUGUAGUAAGAUUAGGCGAGGGAACAAACAAGCAAUUGAAUUAGAUGGGAGAGAAGUACGAAAAAAUAAGGCUUUUAAAUAUCUUGGAUCGAUUUUUCAAGAAGAUAGAGACAUAAGUGAUGAUGUAGUUAAUAGGAUGAAAAACGGGUGGGACAAGUGGAAGAGUGAAUCAGGGAUUUUAUGCGACCGAAUAAUUCCUUCAAGGUUUAAGGGAAAAUUCUAUAGGUCAGCUAUUCGACCUGCAAAUCUGUAA